AUGGCGAACACUCUAGUUACUGGUGCAAACCGUGGAAUUGGCUAUGCCAUUGUACAAGCCAUCGCUACCCGUCUACCGUCAUCCAAUAUUAUCCUUGGAUGCCGAAGUAAGGACGCAGCACAAGAAGCAAUUCAGUCACUUCGUGAAACUGGCGUGACGGCCCAGCUUGACUAUGUUGAGAUCGAUAUUGAGAGCGAUGCCUCAAUUGAAGCGGCGGCAGUGUGGUUAGAACAAAUGUAUGGGAAGUUGGAUGUUUUAAUCAACAACGCUGGCAAAGUUCAAGGGCGAGUGUCAGAUAAACUAUCAGAUAUCCGAGUCGCAUCUAAUUCCUGCUACAAUAACCUCAUCACGUCGAACACAGUCGUCAUUCAUGCCUUCAGUAAACUACUUAGGAACAGUCCCUGGCCAAGAGUCAUCAUGGUUUCUAGUGCACGUGGAAGUAUGACUAGAACAACCAACAAGGAGCUACCUCCCGUUGCCAACAUCGACUACUGUGUCUCGAAAGCCGGCCUCAACAUGCUCUUGCUCCAUUUGCAAAUUGCCGAGAAUCACAGAGAGGGGCAGGCUGGGAUAACAUUCUGGGCUGUUAGCCCGGGCCAUUGUAAGACAGCGUUUAAUGGCUACAGGGGUAAGAAAGAUCCCAUUGAGGGGGCUGAGUCUGUAUUAAGAUUACUUGAGUCGACGAAGGGUGACAUUGACGGGGGAACAUUCUGGGAGUAUGAGAAUGGCGAUUUUCAACAGGUGCCUUGGUAG